GAAAGAAAAAAACACAACCUAAAACCCUAAGAACUUGUUUGUUUGCUUCACGAACCGUGCACCGCGGCCACUUGAAGCACCCGCUUUCAGUUACUCUCUCUCUCUCUCUCUCUCUCUCUCUCUCUCGGUUUGGGAUUUCGAGGUGAUUGCUGAUUUGAUAGUGUCAGUAUGGCUUUUGCUAAACCAGAGAAUGCUUUAAAGCGAGCUGAAGAGCUGAUAAAUGUUGGGCAGAAGCAAGAUGCCUUGCAAGCACUUCAUGAUAUUAUAACCUCAAGGAGAUAUCGAGCAUGGCAAAAGACACAUGAAAAGAUUAUGUUUAAGUAUGUAGAGCUUUGUGUUGAGAUGCGGAGGGGUAGAUUUGCCAAGGAUGGUCUGAUUCAAUACCGCAUUGUGUGUCAGCAAGUGAACGUUACUUCUUUAGAGGAGGUGAUUAAGCAUUUCAUGCAUCUGUCCACUGAGAAAGCUGAGCAGGCUCGUAGUCAGGCACAAGCCCUGGAAGAAGCUCUUGAUGUUGAUGACCUAGAAGCAGAUAAAAGGCCAGAAGAUCUGAUGCUAAGUUAUGUCAGUGGAGAGAAAGGAAAGGAUAGGUCUGAUCGUGAACUUGUUACCCCUUGGUUCAAGUUUUUGUGGGAGACUUAUAGAACAGUGCUUGAAAUCUUACGUAACAACUCAAAGUUGGAGGCACUCUAUGCGAUGACGGCACACCGGGCUUUCCAGUUCUGCAAGCAAUACAAACGAACAACAGAGUUUCGCAGGUUGUGUGAAAUUAUCAGGAACCAUCUGGCUAAUCUUAACAAAUAUCGAGACCAAAGGGACCGACCUGACCUAUCUGCGCCUGAGAGUCUGCAGCUGUAUCUGGAUACAAGACUUGAACAGCUAAAGAUUGCUACUGAACUUGGGCUCUGGCAGGAAGCAUUUCGUUCUGUUGAAGAUAUUCAUGGAUUGAUGUGCAUGGUUAAGAAAACGCCCAAGCCAUCCUUGAUGGUGGUUUAUUAUACCAAGCUAACAGAAAUCUUCUGGAUCUCAGCUAGUCAUCUUUAUCAUGCUUAUGCAUGGUUUAAGCUUUUCAUGCUUCAGAAAAGCUUCAAUAAGAAUUUAAGCCAGAAGGAUUUGCAAUUGAUAGCUUCAUCUGUUGUAUUGGCUGCACUUUCUGUGCCCCCCUAUGAUCAUACGCAUGGUGCAUCCCAUUUGGAACUUCAAAAUGAGAAAGAACGCAACUUGAGGAUGGCUAAUCUUAUAGGAUUCAAUCUUGACCUUAAACUUAGCAGUGGAGAACUGCUAUCAAGGUCAAACCUUCUCUCAGAACUGGUGUUGAAAGGUGUAUUGAGCUGUGCAACUCAGGAAGUAAAAGAUCUUUACCAUGUACUAGAGCACGAGUUUCUCCCUCUGGAUCUUGUGUCGAAGAUACAGCCCUUGUUGGCCAAAAUCUCAAAUCUUGGGGGAAAACUUUCUUCAGCUCCCUCUGUUCCUGAAGUUCAACUGUCCAAAUAUAUUCCUGCCCUGGAAAAGCUUGCUACCCUGAGGUUGCUUCAGCAGGUGUCUCAGGUGUAUCAGACACUGAAAAUCGAGAGUUUAUCUCAGAUGAUCCCCUUUUUUGAAUUUUCUGUCUUGGAGAAGAUUUCUGUGGAUGCUGUUAAACACAAUUUCUUAUCUAUGAAAGUUGACCAUAUGAAGGGUGUUGUAUUAUUUGGAAAUUUGGGCCUUCAAUCAGGCGGCUUCCAGGAUCACUUGAAUAUUCUUGCGGAAUCCCUGAAUAAAGUUAGGGCCAAGGUUUGUCCAACUGUAAAUAAAGCAUCAAAACUAGGAGAAAUGUUGCCUAGUUUGGCAGAUCUCGUGGAUAAGGAACACAAGAGGCUUCUUGCUCGAAAAUCAAUCAUUGAACGUAGGAAGGAAGAACAGGAACAUUUACUUUUGGAAAUGGAACGUAAUGCAGAGAUAAGAAGGAGAAAACAACAGCAGAUCGCUGAAGAGGAAGAGAAGAGGAGGCUCACAUCUGAGAUUGAGAAGAGGAAGAAUCAAAUGAUCCUUGAUGACAUACGGGACAAGGAGAUUGAACAAGCGAAAGCUCUACUUCAGGAUGUUGGAAAGCGCAGCAAGAAGAUGAGGAAGUCAAUUUUAGAAGGAGAAAAUGUGACAAAGCAAACUAUUAUGGAGAUGGCCCUGAGUGAGCAGCUGAGGGAGAGGCAGGAUAUGGAGAAGAAAUUACAAAAACUAGCUAAAACAAUGGAUUAUUUAGAAAGAGCGAAAAGAGAAGAGGCAGCUCCCUUGGUUGAAGCUGCAUUUCAACAACGAUUAGUAGAAGAGAAGGUGCUUCAUGAACGUGAGCAGCAGCUAGAGGUUGAGCUAAGCAGACAGCGCCAUGAUGGGGACCUCAAAGAGAAGAAUAGAAUGACAAGGAUGUUGGAAAAUAAGAUGAAAUUCCAGGAAAGAGUGGUGCACCUUCGGCAAGCAGAGUAUGACAGACAGAGGGUAGAGAGAGAGGACCAAAUCCAGCAAAUGCUUCAGGCUCAGCGACAUGAGAGGGAAGCUAUGAGAAAAAAAAUAUUUUAUGUGCGGAAUGAAGAGGAGAAACAGAGAAAGCUGCGUGAAGAGGAGGAAGCGCGCAAGCGGGAAGAGGCUGAGAGGCAAAGGAAGAUGGACGAGGAACGCAGGGCGAAAUUGGAUGAGAUUGCUGAGAAGCAGAGGCAAAGGGAGCUGGAAUUAGAAGAAAAAGAAAGGCAGAGGAGAGAGGCUCUCUUGGGGAGAUCAACUGAUGGGUCUUCUAGGCUUUCUGAGACUCUUGUUGGUUCCCGCUUAUUGGAGCCUGGAGCUGCCGCUCCUGCUGCUGCCGCCGCACCUGCCGCUGCUGCUGCUGCACCUGCUGCUGCUGCUACUGCUACUGCACCUGCUGCUGCUGCUACUGCUACUGCACCUGCCAGAUAUGUGCCUAAAUUCCGUCGAGAUAGAACUGAAGGCGCUGGGCAGGCACCACCUCCAGAACCAGAUCGAUGGGGCAGGCAGGAUAAUCAGACGUCCCAACCUAGUAGUGAUAGGUGGCGGAGUGAUGAUCGCAACCCCUCCUUUGGUGGUGGUGGCCCAAGGUCCACUUGGUCCUCAUCUAGAGUCCCCCCACUUGGUGGAUCAGGACGCUGAUUACUGAUGAUUUUGGUUGAAUAGCCUGAAUAAAAGGCAAAUUUUGUUUCCAGCAACACGUGAAGGUUUAUUGCAAACUUCAGAAAAUAAUCGUUAUCCUUCAUUUGAGCCCCUCUAGACUUAGUUUAGUUGGGUUUUUUUUAUUUGUUAUUUUUAUUUUUUAAAGUGUAGUUAUCCUUUCCUUUCAUUUUCAUCUCAUGUAAUGAUGAAGCUUCAGACUUGAUAUAGUUGUCCAUUAGUAUUGUUAUUAAUAUUAAUAUUAUUAUUAGUUUAAUCCUUAUUUGCUUCC